AGCGCCCGCAAGAAACCUAAUGCACUCCCCAUCGCGAGUAGGCCCCCGUCUAGCCCGGGGGGCGACAGCCUGUCAGAGAUGCCGUCGGAGAAAGCAGAAAUGCGACUUGAAGCAGCCCAGCUGCUCCAACUGCGAGAGUUCAGACGCCCUGUGUCUGGUCUACCACCCUGGGAAACAAGCCGAGAUCCCCCGGAACUACGUGUCCAACCUGGAGAAGCAGGUGGACAGGUUGACCCGCCAGGUGGAAGAGCUGCAGAGGGCCAACCAGGAGAAGGAGAGGGCCAUGACCAGCCCGACAGCCUCUGAUGCCAGCCCGAGUCAGUUCCAGGACCUGGUUCAAAGCGUCCGCAACGUUGUCGUCGAGCCGUCGCGACAGCCCCGGUUCCUGGGCCAGAGCAGCGGCCUCACCCUCGCCCGGCUGGUCAUGGCCGCCAUCCGCACCGACGCCCUGCCGUCUCCCCUCUUCGCCGGCCCGCGAGUGUCGGAUUCCUCGUUCCUGGUGCCCGCUCCAGAGGCAUCUCUUCCGCCUCGCCAUGCGGCCAACCAUCUGCUCCAGGUCUACUUCCAGUACCGCACCCCGCAUCUCCCGAUCGUGGAGCCGUGGGAGGUCGAGCAGGCCCUGGAGAACGCCUACCGCGGGCACUCCUCGACCGCCGAGCGAGGGCUGGAACAGGACCUCUUCACAGCGUACAUGGUUCUGGCCAUCGCGCUGUUUGAUGUCCCGCACGUCUCGGGUGGUCGCCCUACCCAGAGCGAGGGCUGCUUCCAGUCGGCCAUGGGCUGCAUUGAAAAGGUCCUGACCUAUUCCCCGAGCGAUCUGGAUACGCUGCGGGCCAUUCUCCUGCUCGCUCAGUUUGUCGCCCUCUACCCGGCCCGCGGGAGCCUGUGGCACUUGACAGGCACCGCCCUCCGGCUGUGUAUCGACAUGGGCCUGCACUGGGAGACCGAGGAGCAGUCCCUGCACAUGGAUCCAGUCAUGUUGCACCAGAGACGACGGCUGUGGUACUCGACAUACCAGUUCGACCGGCUCCUGUGCAUCACCCUCGGGCGCCCCGUCGGCAUCAUCGACGAAAGCACCAGCGUCCCGCUGCCGGACCCCGGGGCUGCCCCCCCCGGGGCCCCGGGGGGCCAGGGCAGCGCCUGGGACAUGCACCGCCAACGGGCGCACAACCACCUCGUCAACAUGUCCAAGCUGGAGUCGGAGAUCAAGCAUGUACAGCACAGCCAGGCGUGGGCGCGCAGGAUCGCCUACCCUCGAGCCAACUACGCCGCCUGGGUUCAGGAUAUCCUGCCGCGGCUGCACGAGUGGCAUGCGACGGUGCCGCCCCUGGGUGAUGCCCACGCGAUGUCCAUCUUCGCCUGCCAGGCCUACUGGGACGCCAUCUACCACAAUGCGGUGCUGCUGCUCUAUCGACCCAACGCGACCAUCCCGCAUGUGUCGACAGACGAGCUGGCGGUCUCCUUUGAGGCGUCCACCCAGUUGAUCGCCAGCAUCAAGGUCCUGCAGCGCGAGGGGAAAGUCGACAUUCGGUGGAAGACAGUGCACCAGCUGUUCAUGGCCGGCUUGGGCGUCAUCUAUGCGCUGUGGCUCUCCAAGACCCUCCGCGACCGCCCGCCCGUGAGUCGGAAUAUCACCGUCCUCCAGGCCUGUGGCUCGACACUCUCGGCACUCUCGGAGAGCUUCCCGGGGGCUGUUGGGUGCCGCGAUGCCUUUGACACGCUCUCCAUGGCCACAGUCGACAUGCUGGUCGCCGGUGACCACGCCGGGGAUAAGCAGGACCACCACGCAAGCCAUCUGGAGUUUGGGAAACAGGUUGAGGAUGUCCUGCAGCAGCUGCAGACGUCUGCAGGCUCUACUGAGCUGUCUGCCAUGCUGUCGGCCGAUGCUUUGAGUGAGAUGCUCAGUUCUGCUGCUCAAUGGCCAGACUUCCAGGACUUUGUGUUUGAUGAUCGGGGGUUCAAUGGGGAGGUCUGGUUUCAGUGAUUGAUCUAACCCUAACCCUAUGAUUCAUGCUUGAAUAAUGACA